UCACCUAGCGACCGGCAGAAGACAGUGGCCUAACCAGGUGAAAGGAUGCUAAGCCGGCUUCAGGAGCUUCGCAAGGAGGAGGAGACCCUGCUGCGUCUAAAGGCGGCCUUGCAUGACCAACUGAACCGUCUCAAGGUGGAAGAAUUGGCCCUCCAAUCAAUGAUAAGCUCUCGAAGAGGGACUGAGAAGCUGCCUUCUCCGCCUGCACCUGAACAGUUAUAUGAUAUGUCAGUGCACGUAGACAAUGAAGAAUCAAUCAAUCAAACUACCCUGAAGCUUAGUACAAGGACCCCUAUGGAGGAAGAAGAGGAAGAAGAAGAGGAAGAAUCUGAUUCAUAAGGGAGACAAGAGCUAGGGUUAGUUUUACAAACUAAAUUUCUAAAUCUCAAGCACUUGCCUUGGGUCUCAGGGUUUAUGUGAAAGAGUAUGUACACUUGUGAAUGGCAGAGGCUUGGUUUAAAGUGUCUACCAUACAAAUAUGAAGACCUGAAUUUCAAUCCCCAAACCUAUGUAAAAAGCUGGGUACAGUGUUACAUGCCUGUAACCCCAGCACUGAGGAUAGGGAAACCACCAAUCCCUGAAGCUGUGUGUCUAGCCAGUCUAUCGAAACCAGUGAGCUUCAAGUUCACUGAGAGGCCUUACCUGAAGAAAAUAGUGAUGGUGGGAAUGGAGGUGUACACCUUUAAUCCCAAUACUCAGGAUUUAGAAUAGUGCUAGUAUACAGAAAGCUACAAAAAUGUGGUUUUUUUUUAAUGCUCAAAUAUAUGAAACAAUUCAAGUUCAACUUCACCAGAGGACUGGGAAAAAGUAGAUAAUAUCUCAUCAUUAUCUAAAAGAUCUUUAGUAGAAAAUAAGGAGUUUGGCUAGCUUUGGCAUAUACACACCUGUAA